AUGGCCACUGAAUCCAGCAGUCCCUCGACUGCGCCACUCCAGAGAGUCGACACUCAACCUGAGAACCCGUACUCGAAACUCAUUACCGACCAGUCGAUUGCUGUCAUCCCGUCAUUCACCCUCGAAUCCGGGGUGACCCUGUACAAUGUCCCCGUCGCGUACACCACGCGGGGUCAGUUGUCCCCCACCGGUGACAACGCCCUGGUGAUCUGCCAUGCGCUGAGUGGUAGUGCCGAUGUGGCCGAUUGGUGGGGUCCCUUGCUUGGUGGUCCUGGUCAGGCAUUUGAUGUCUCUCGGUUCUACGUGAUCUGCUUGAACAGUCUGGGUAGUCCAUACGGAAGUGGCAGUGCCGUGACGUACAAGGAUGGGAACCCGGAGAGCGGUCUGUACGGACCUGAAUUCCCCCUGACGACCGUCCGGGAUGAUGUCAAGAUUCACAAGCUUGUCCUAGACGAUUUAGGUGUCAAGCAGAUUGCGGCUGUCGUGGGAGGGUCCAUGGGCGGUAUGCUCACUCUCGAAUACGCCUACUUUGGCAAAGACUACGUCCGGGCCAUUGUGCCGAUUGCCACCUCGGCACGCCACUCCGCAUGGUGUAUCAGUUGGGGAGAGGCUCAGAGACAGAGCAUUUACAGUGACCCGAAGUACGAAGACGGUUACUAUUUGUUCGAUGACGCUCCCACCACCGGUCUGGGAGCGGCUCGCAUGUCGGCUCUCCUCACUUACCGUAGCCGCAACUCUUUUGAGUCCCGGUUCGGCAGGAACGUCCCUGAUCCCUCCAAGCGGCAAAAUAUCAAUGGCGAGGCGAAGCUGCCAACACCCCCGAAUGAACACUGGGCAGUCCACAACGAUGGCCACAAGCCUGGAAGGUCUUCGCGCACACCCAGUGGGUCUGCUGGACAGAACUCGCCCAUUCCUCAACCGUCGGAAAUUGAAUUCAUGGACCCGCAGUUCUCGGGAACGAAGACGUUCAGUGCAACAACCAACCCGAGCAACCGCAGGCGGCCCCCUACCUACUUCUCAGCCCAGUCUUAUCUUCGCUACCAGGGAGAGAAGUUUGUCAAGCGAUUCGAUGCUAACUGUUAUAUUGCCAUGACACGAAAGUUGGACACGCACGAUGUCUCGCGACACCGUGCCGAUGCGUCGUUGGAGGACCCUGUUAAAGAAGCGCUAUCCCUCAUCAAGCAGCCGGCGCUUGUGUUGGGAAUUGAAAGCGAUGGUCUCUUUACAUUUGAGGAGCAGCAGGAGAUUGCAGCAGGCAUUUCGGAUUCGAGACUCGAGCGAAUUGAGAGUCCUGAAGGCCACGACGCUUUCUUGCUCCAAUUCGAACAGGUCAACCGCUACAUUCUCGAGUUCUUCCGCGAGGUCCUGCCGGACAUCAUGGAAAAGCCCAGCGCCGAUGGUGCUGCAUUUGUUGAUGGCGUGAACAAACUUACCAAGAGCAGCACAUUCGGCGAAGCGGAGGUGGAUGAUAUCACGGCGUGGUAA